GUGUGUGUGUGAGGGAGUGAGAGAGGCCUGUUUUUCCUGUUAGUCACUCCUAAGCUCUCUCCCGUGUGCAGGUCACGAGGCUGUACUCCUCUUUUCAAACCCUGCUUUCUAGACACCAUCUCCUGUUCAACGCGGGGAUACAAAUUUGAAGAUGUGUGUAACAAAUGCGAACAUAUUGCGCCCCAAACCCUCCAAUGAGGUUAUUUAUAGGCUUUUUGUUAAAAAAAAAAAAAAAAAAAAAACCUCCCUGGUGGGUUGCGCCACUCAGCUUUGCGCGCCGCUGAAAAGACUGGAAGAUUCCACACAGAGGAUUGGCCUUUCUCCUGCUGGACAGCUGUCUCUGCACUGCGAAAAACUAUUUUUAACAAACCUUCUUUGUUAAUUAAUUUACAAAAAAAAGGGUUUACACGUAUGGAUAUUUCUUACACCUACAGGACAAUUUGAUAUCCUUUUUAUAGAUUACCUUAGUUUGUAUGUAAGGCUUAUAGUUUCACCUCAAAAAGCACUUGUUUUUAUUUUUUAAUAUUAUACAGGCUCCUGUCAUGGAUUGUGUAACAAAUUGUAGCACUUGGGGCAUAAGGAACAGUAUGACUAUUUGGAGACAGAAUAACCAGACUGCUACAUGCCAUUUUAUCUCUGUCUCUCUUGUACAGCCUGAAGGACUGUUCAGUGGAUCAAACCAGGUUUCCUCGUCGCUUUGUUUAAUGAUUAUAUAUGGGUACACUGGCUUAAUCAAGGACCCUUCAUGCAGAUUGGUGGUACUGUACUAAUGUCUUUCUUUCUCUCUAACUCUUAUUUGCAUGUCUAAUAUUUAAGGUUAAUAUUUCAGUGUAAUUUAGUCUCUAUUUAUUUACCAUUAUAUAAUGUCUGUUUUUUAUGAGAUGUUUGAAUAAAUAGACUUUCCUAAAUUCACUCCAUGGUUUGUUGUUGUGGAAUCUGAAAGAGGUAGAUUUUUUUUUGAUGGACUUUUUUAAUGCACUUUUUGUCAAAAUACUUCCAACAUUAUUCAAAGCCUUUCCUGACCUUGAAAAUACACCUCAUCGUGCAGCUGAAACCCCCUUUCUGUUAUUGUAGAAAAUAUGUGUGUAUUUAGGUAAAAUACUCCAAGAUAAUGUGUUUUCUUAGAGGAAAAAGGCUAAGGGCUAGUGUUCGCUUAAGUUCUUAAAGGGACAGGUUUUUUACCACUCCUACUGCAUAUUUCCCCUCCAGUGACUACUAAAAUGUAGUUUUCAAAUCUCACUACGAAGCCUACAGUACAUUGGCUCGAGUUCAGCUGCCUGGCACUGUGUAAAUGCUCACACUAAAUCUAACGAGUUAUCUGAAAUACAAUGCUUUUGUGUGUUGUGCACAGCCCAAUCCUGAUAUUCUCUCUCUAGACAACAAAUAUAACCUUUUACCUUCAUUAGAUUUCUGUUGAGCAAUCGUUAACAGGAAACAUAUUACCAAUUCUAAGAUAUCCCUAUGUUACAGAGGAGGAUGCAAAUUAUGAUUCAUCUAUUGUAAUUACAGUAGUUAUUCAAGGUUAAACAAAUUAAAUGUGUUAGACUUUUUGUGCAUGUCAAGUUUCCUUUAAAGCUAUAUACCACCACACCCUGACUGAAUCACUGAUAAGUCCUUUUUAAUGACCUGAAGCAGCACGUCUGCCUCACACACCUCACCUUCCUAUUUAAAAAAAAAAAAAACACUCAAGAUGUUUUUACCUUAAGUAUGAUAUAGAAUGCUAUUCCAAAACCAGUCCUUUUAUUUUCACUCAUUAAAGAUAUUUCUUGCUCAAGUAUAAUUCCCUAAAUUUCACCCAGAUAUGUGAGAGGAUUGAGUUUGUGUUUUACGCCCGAUCUGUGAUGUCAUUGAUGUGUUCAGCCAAACAGAUUGCACAGAGAGGAGCUGAACUUCCUGGGUGGAGGCAGGGCUUAAAAUGCAAUGCAGGAAGUGGCAGCAGACAGACUCAACCACUCCACUCGUGCGGUUUUAUUCUCCACCAAGCGUGCUUUCAGUGAGCAGACUGCUAAAAGAUGAGAAGAAGGAAGACGUGUUGGGGGUACAAUUGGAAACAGCAUCAAUGUGACAGGAACAGGAAGUGGUGAACUGAGCGAGCUACCUGGUAACAACAUGAGGCUGGUCGGUUCCUCUCUUCUCACUGACUGUAAAUCAUCUCAGCUGUUCCACAUGUAGACUCCCUUGGCUUUAUCAUGUAUUCAACGUAUAUCUGAAAGGAGCAUUUUCAGACCCAUCCGGCCUGGCACUUGUUUGAUUUUUUUGGAGUUUAAAAAAAUGACACAAAACAGCGCUGUGAAUAGUAAUGGUACCCAAAAAAAAGGAGAGCUUAAGAUUGUGAUAGUGGGAGAUGGAGGCUGUGGGAAAACCUCACUUCUGAUGGUUUAUGCUAAAGGGGAUUUUCCAGAGAAAUAUGCGCCGUCAGUGUUUGAAAAAUAUGUCACCACUAUCACCCUAGGAGGGAAAGAGAUGAAGCUCAACCUGUAUGACACAGCCGGCCAGGAGGACUACGACAGACUGCGGCCGCUUUCAUACCAAGAAGCUAAUCUGGUUUUAGUGUGCUUUGAUGUGACCAAUCCAACCAGCUUUGAGAAUGUCAUGAUAAAGUGGCACCCUGAGGUGAAGCACUUCUGCAGAGACACUCCGGUCAUCCUGAUUGGCUGCAAGACCGACCUCAGGAAAGACAAAGAAUGUAUGAGGAAGCUCAAGGCCAUGGAUCUGGCUCCCAUCACUUACACCCAGGGUGAGGAGACCAGGCAGCAGAUGAACGCAGAGCUCUACCUCGAGUGUUCGGCGAAGCAUCAGGAGAAUGUCGACGACAUUUUCAGGGAAGCCACUAAAAGAACUCUGGCCUUCAAUCGAAAACAAAAAAAAAACAAAAAGAGGUGUCUCAUUUUGUGAUGCCAAAAAAAAAAAAAAGGACUGAGGACUGGGAGGAGAAAUAGACUGUUACAAGGAAAUAGUGAAUGAUGUUACAGGAAAGCCAAAUCUCUGGAGAAGCUGCAACAGUUUGGACUAUCACUUGAUUAUGAUGCAACAUGAAAUGCCUAGUAUUUUUUUACAAGAAUCUUUUGAAGUGUCUUCGUAUGGAAGUUUUGUUCUGUUCACCUAUUUUGUGUAUUUUAAAUUAACCUGGCAUUUUCCUGUACGAUUGAAGAAGAGCUUAAGAGCUUUUUGUAAUGUUAUUUUGAAUGUCCUACCUGGUUAAAGACGCUGCUGUUACAUAACAAACUCCCUGAAAAAAAGUUGGCGUAUAUAAUGGUACUGUAGCUUUAAAA